AUGUCUUCUGGUGAUCCCGUUCAUCAAAUUAUUGGGAGUUUGAGUGGGACAUUGGGGUAUGUAAUGAGUGAGGUUGAAGAAGGAAAGCCACUGAGCCAAGUUGUUAAAGAUGCUAAAAGUCUGGGGUAUACUGAACCAGAUCCACGUGAUGACCUUGGUGGAUUGGAUGUCGCUAGAAAGGUUCAAUGCAGUUUGAUUUACAUCUAA